AUUACUAGCUAGGAAAUAAAUUUCUAGUAAUAUGAAGGUUGGAUCAUUGUGAAGAAAUAGAAUACAUAGGAAAGAAGGAAAGAAAGAGAGAAAGAGAGAGAAAGAAAGAAAGAAUGGUAUCGCGCAAUCAGUGAGGGAGUUUCGCAUCGGUCCGUGGGCGUCAUCAUGGUGUGUGGGUUAAAGCGUUUUUAAGAGACAAGUUUGUUUUUAAUCGAUAGAACGUGGUAAUUUUUAUUAUUACGGUGAUGCUUUUACAAGUAAUGUUGCCGUUAUUCCACGAAUCGCUAUGGAGAAAAGUAUUAGUACGCAGUGUACAGUUACGAAAUAAAUUUUAAGCAAAACGGUACGACGAUGUAUACAAUGUCGAAUACAGAACAAAUUUUUUUCGAUCAUCGAUUUGUGUGGAAAUACAAAUGGGCGAUUAUAUUAUUAAUAUUAUUUCUAACUUCAUCAAACUUUAUAAAAGCCAACAAGAUAUCGUAUGGCAACACAAAGGAUAAUCAAUGUCCUGUUGAGUGUGACUGUCUUGGAAAUGUGGUGGACUGCAUUAACUUACAAUUGAUUGGAGCACCCAGCGGACUACCACCAUGGACAGAGAUCUUAGGAUUAAAGGGGAACAAUAUAGCUAGUUUAGAGCCUGAUGUUUUAUUACAUUUAACUAAAUUGAAAGAAUUAGAUCUCAGUGGAAACAAAUUUGGAGAUGACUUUAGAAUUAUUCUGUCUGAAGGUACGCAUUUACAAAUGCUUAAAGUAAAUAAAAACCAAUUAACACAAGUGCCAGACAUGUUUUUUGUUAAAAACAUAACACAUCUUGCAUUAGCUCACAAUUCAAUUACCGAUAUAAAUGGAACCGCAUUACUCAACUUGCAACGACUUCAAAACUUGGAUCUUAGUGGAAAUAAAAUAAGUGUUAUUCGAAAUGGAUCCUUUCUUGCACCUAAUUGCCUUACACAUUUAAAUUUAAAUAAAAAUCAAAUAAAAGUCAUUGAAAAUGGAAGUUUGGAUAAUUUAACUUCAUUAGAAGAAUUACGACUGAAUAAAAAUCAUUUGACACAAUUGAAAGAUCUUUUUACAAAUUUAAAAAAAUUGCGUAUAUUGGAAAUAAAUAGAAAUGAAUUGCAGACAAUCCAAGGACUUAGCCUUAGAGGUUUAAAAAAUCUAAAAGAAUUACAUUUAAAAAAAAAUAAAAUUGAAACAUUAGAUGAUGGUGCAUUUUGGCCUCUUGAAAAUUUAACGAUUCUAGAACUUGACUUUAACUUAUUAACUAUGGUGAGAAAAGGUGGUCUGUUUGGAUUAGAACAUUUACAAAAAUUAACAUUAUCACACAAUCGAAUACGCACUAUUGAAAUACAAGCAUGGGAUAGAUGCAAAGAAAUCAUCGAAUUAGAUUUAUCGUAUAAUGAAAUAUCCACAAUUGAACGAGAUACUUUUGAAUUUUUGGAAAAAUUGAAAAAACUUAAACUGGAUCACAAUCAGAUUACAUACAUUGCAGAUGGCGCAUUCAGUUCAACUCCUAAUCUACAAAUAUUGGAAUUGAAGUUUAAUAAAAUUUCGUAUAUGGUGGAAGAUAUUAAUGGUGCCUUUGAUCCACUCGGACAAUUAUGGAAACUAGGAUUAGCGCACAAUAGAAUAAAAUCGGUAAACAAAAAUGCGUUUACCGGAUUAAGUAAUGUUACCGAAUUGGAUUUAACUGGAAAUAAUAUAACAAGUAUUCAGGAAAAUGCAUUCGUUUCAAUGACUAGAUUAACUAAAUUGAGAAUGAAUUCAAGUGCUUUAGUUUGUGAUUGUGGCUUACAAUGGUUAAGUAUGUGGUUACGUGAGCAUAGUUAUACCGAUGCGGAAGUUUAUUGCGGAUUUCCACAUUGGUUACAAGGAAUGUCAUUAACUCAACUUUAUCAUAAAAAUUUUACAUGCGAUGAAUAUCCGAAGCCAAGAAUUAUCGAAGAACCUAAAAGUCAGAUGGGUAUUAAAGGAGAUAAUGUGACAUUGGUUUGUCGAGCAACGAGUACCACUAUAGCAAGACUACAUUUUACUUGGAAACACGAUAAUAUUGAAAUUAAUGAUGACAAUCUACAAAUAAACACCGAUUCUACGGAGAAUGGAGUAACAGAGGCAACUUCUAUCUUACAUCUUACUAAUGUUACUCAUGCAAACGCUGGAAAAUAUCAGUGCAUGGUGACCAAUACAUACGGAACAACAUAUUCCGCAAAAGCAAAAUUAAGUAUUUUAAUAUAUCCAUCUUUUUCAAAAAUUCCACAUGAUAUACGUGUAAUUGCUGGAAGUACUGCUCGCCUCGAAUGUUCAGCAGAAGGGCAACCAUCACCGCAAAUAGCAUGGCAAAAGGAUGGUGGUAAUGAUUUUCCAGCGGCAAGAGAAAGAAGAAUGCAUAUGAUGCCGACUGACGAUGUAUUAUUUAUCGUUGAUGUGAAAACUGCUGAUAGUGGCGUUUACUCGUGUACCGCGCAAAAUCUUGCUGGCUUAAUCGUUGCAAAUGCUACUCUCACAAUAUUAGAAAUACCAUCGUUUGUAAAACCGAUGGAAAAUAAAGAAGUGACAGUUGGUGGUUCGAUUGUAUUGGAAUGUAUGGCAAGUGGUAUGCCCAGACCAAAAUUAUCUUGGCGUAAAAAUGGUAAUCCUCUGUUAGCGACUGAACGGCAUUUUUUCACUGCUGAAGAUCAGCUUUUGAUUAUUGUCGACACUAUAAUUAGUGAUGCUGGUAGUUACGAAUGUGAAAUGAGCAAUUCAUUGGGCAGUGUUGUUGGCGUAUCUCAUCUUACUGUAAAACCAGCUCCGAUUUCGACUCCCAGCCCUGUGUCGGUAAACGAAGACGAUAUACUUGGUUUGAUAAUAAUCACUGUUGUAUGUUGCGCUGUUGGUACAUCUAUAGUAUGGGUAGUUAUAAUCUAUCAAACUAGAAGACGAUUGAAUAAUGUUGCUCAAGGUAGACCGCAUGCACAACCAACAUCGACUUUAACAGGUACGGUAGCAGAUACGCAAACGCACAUAUAUUUGGAGACGAGUUCCCAGCAUAGUAAAGACAGUGGUACAGGAGAUAGUACCAAUCCUAGUAGCGAUCAAUUACAAUUAUGUUUACCCGAGGAAAUCGUUACAUGUUCCGUGAAUAAUGAGGAAGAACCAAGUGCAGUGGUAAAUGUAGGGGCUCCAUUGUUAAGAUAUACCAAUCAUGAACGAAUCGUUCGUGAGAACAAAGACUGUGCUGUUUAAAAAAUGAUUUCAAAUAUGAUUUUUUUUUUCUUCGUAACUGAUUCGUCAUGUUUCAUGCAUGAACAUUUUCACUUACAAUGUGCAAAAUAAUUAUCGAAAAACUAUCAAGCAGAAUCGUUCUGAUCAUUGAACAACAAAGUAACAGUCACGGCAAUCGUACAGUUUGAUAAAUUUAUUGUGUCAUGAACAUUAUUUUUGUGAUGUAUGAUGAUAUGAACGUGAUAUGAACGAACGAUAGCUUAUUUUAUUGUGUUUUAGUUUUCAUGAAAAAAAAACUUGUCAAAAAAAAAAAUACGUAAAUUAGAAAGUACUAUUGACAUAUAAUUUGUAAAUAUUUAGAGUAAGAACUCGCCACGAUUAAUUCAAUUCAUGUCGCCGAAGAAAGAGCAAAGUUAACACAAGUCUGUUGACAUCGGGAAUUAACCCGUAACCCGCAAAAGCCACUUAUUAUGUAAACCAGUCUUUUGUGAUAGAUAUUUAUUUUUAGGAUUACUUAAUUACUAUUAGAUUAUACAAUGACUAUAUUUAUAAUGCCCCAUGACGUAAGUUUGCCUAAAAAAAAAAAAAGAAAAUGAAAAAAACAGAUGAAACGAGUAAAAGAAACGUAUAUAAGUCCACGCACAGGUAUUUUAUAUUCAACAGAACGCGUUAAUCAUAUGUAAAUAUACAUCGAAAAGAAAGAAAGUAUGCGUGCAUACUUUCGUAUACGCUGUGUGUCUGCUGCGUGCAUGUGUAUGUAUGUGUGUAUAUGUGUGUGCGUGUGUGCUGUGUGUACACAUUGUUAUGCACCAAAGUGCUAAUAUGUAGACAUUUAAUAAUUUGUCUUCCUCUUUAUUUUUUAUUCAUAGCUAAUCAUUAUAUCACUUUUAGAUAAAUUAAUUUUGAAAUAAUUUAAUCGAUCAAAAAUGAUUGCUCAUCACUGAUAGAUAUCAAUAUAAUUUUUCUAAUAUUUGAUUAUAUAAUAUCGUCAUUGAAUCAACGAUUUUUCUUUAAUAUUAAAAUUUAGUGAAAUUUUUUCCAUAUAAAGAAUAAUUGUAUUUUGUUAGUAAAUUACAUACAAGCGUCAUUACAUACAUAUUUCAUUAUUUUUAUCGAAAAGAAAUUUUCACAAAAGAAAAUGCAUAUUUUUCUUUUUUUUUCUUUUUUUUUUUUUUUUCCAUCAUUUUGUAUAAUUAAUUUUUGAACACAUAUUUGUACGUUUCAAUAGAUGGUACUUUCAAUUGAAAUGCACGCACGAGAAUAGAAAGAAUUGUGAUUAGUUGAACGUGCGAUAAAACGAUCGUUAUGUAACAAGACUUCAAUGAAUAUUAUAAUUUCUGUGAGUUUCUGUAAGUUAAUUUGUGAUAUUUUUAUGCCCCAUGAAUAAUUUAAAAUUCUCACAAACAUAGCACAAGAAUAUCGAAUGACAGCGCGAAGAUUGGCAAAUAUCCGAAAAAUUAAAUAAAAUUAAUAUUACGACGAUCAUUGUUUCGAUGUCAUGAUGGUUUGAUAAUGAUGAUGAUGGUCAUACAUGGUCUUAUAUAUACAUAUAUAUAUAUAUUUUUUUAGAUCUUAUAUUUCGAAAGAAUGAAAGAACGAGUGAUGACUAUCUCUUUUCAUGAAUAACAAAACAUCGUAUUAUAGUAUUACUGUAUUAAAUGCGAUAAAUAGUUAUUCGGUUAAAGACGAAAAAGAAUCGAAAAUUUGUAUUUCGUUUUUCAAAGCUUUGCUUUUUUUUUCUUCUGUAUUUCGAUCAAUGACUUUUGUGGUUCGCGCUGUUUUUACACGAAAAAAAGGACGAUAUUGUUCGAGAUUGUUCAACAACAUUUCUCAAAGGGAAAAAAAUGAAAAUUCAACGUCAAUAUGAUCGAUAAUGAAUUCACUAAUUAUCGCGAAUGACCGCGAUUUAACAUUGCGUCCAGCAAUCUGAUAGAUUUAGCAAGAUCGUGCAAACUUACCAGUAACAAGUAUUAUAAAUCGUAUUUUGCCAAUAAACAAAGAAAACAUCGAUGGGGUUCGCGUGUGUGCGUGUGUAUGUGCGCGCGCCUUUAAACAAGGCGCCCUCGUGUAAUUCAGUAUUUUUUCCUUGUUGUUACGUGGUAUAUUAUAAACAAAUACAAGUAAUGUAUUAGGAUAAUUAGAUUUGUUGUAAUCGCGAACAAAGCGAACAAUCCCCGAUACUUUUUUUUUUUCUUCUCUUUAUUAUACACUUUUUCGUUUCUUUUCUUUUUUUUUUUUUUUGAACUUUAUUUACCAAACGAGCAUACUUUGUUAAAAUAUAAUUGCUGAUACAUGUACAUAUACAUACGAGAAAGAAAGAAAAAAAGAGGGAAAAAAAAAAAAAGAAAUAAAUUUUUAGUAAUCUUUUUUUAGAAAUUUUCAAAUGAUACGCCAGCGUAUCAUAAUCGUUUAUUUUUCCUUCUUUUUUCCUUUUUUUCUUUUACUUUUCCUUUUUAACGAGCAUUAUAUCUGUCGAAUGUACGCGCAAAUGUGUACAUAUUUUACGCGGUCGCGGUUAUCCCUCGAUUUUCAAUUUUCCGUUUACAAUAUACGACGGUUAUCAUGGAAACACGUAUCACAAGUAUUUUCUACUUUUUUUUUUCCAAAAAAAAAAAAUGAAAAAUACUCGAUUCACGUUCAAACGAAUUUAAUAUCAACUUUCUCUAUAUCGAUUAAAUCGAUCUAAUCGAUUAUAAAUCGCUGAACGGAAUCGAAUCAACGAUUCGAAUCGUUCCAUUCUAACCAAUAUGGAGGGAUGGCGAUCUGCGAUUUGUUUACGAAAAGUGAACGGGAGAAAGAAGUAAUUCGAGAAAGAAAGAGAGAGAGAGAGAGAGAGAGAGAGAGAGAGAGAGAAUAAUAUUUGUUAUCUAAAUUUCCAAAUAUCACAAUGAUCAAAAUAUCAUAACGCGUACGAGAGUGUUUUCACAAUGUUCUCACUCGGCUCUUUGUUACGAAGCCUGAUAAUAAAAACAAACGAUUGGUUUUCCCGAAACGAAAUUCCGUUAAGCAACAAUAGGAAAAACGUGCAUCGUGAUAAGUCAAAGGGGAAAAAAAAAAUCUAUAAAUAAAUAAUAAGGAUAUGAGAAUAUUUAAAUGAGAUAAUAAACGAAACAAUAACGUCUCUCGAAAGAGAUUUCUACGACGUCGAUUAUUCGUUCAUCCUCGCAAAUGAACAUCAUUUUUUCGAUUAUUAUUAUAAUGCAUUUACGAAAUAAUAUUUUUCUUUUUUUUUUUUUCUUCCAUUGAUUCUAAGGAAAUCGUUAAGAUUCUCGUUCUAUUUUGUUUUACAAAUCGCGGCGACAGUUUUCUCUAAGAUCCUGCUUGUCAAAAUUGGCGCCCGUUUCAUUGGCUGAAAAAUAACAGCGAAUGAUAUCCUGCACGAACGAGAUAACUAGAGUUUCUAUCAUCGUUGAUGAAAACGUCAAAAUAACAAAUUAAUUUGAUCGCAAUAUAUAUAUAUAUAUGUACACAACAGAUGAUAUUGUGACCUCGCAUAAGAUUUCGGGAUACGCAUACGAAUACAUAGAAAUGAUAUUUUGUAGAUAACGAGAAACUUGUAUUUGAGCGUAUCGUUUUCGUCCUCUGGACGUAAUCCAGGUUCAAAUUUCAUCAUUCGUAGCGUUCAACGAAAUACCGCGAUAUUGAUUCUCUACCGACCAUUAUUUAUUACUUAAUUGAUUCGCUUUCAAUGCAAAACGAACGACGCGUAUUCGUUCACAUUUGUAACACAAAAUUCUCUAACUAAUCUAUUCAUUUAUCUAUCUAAUUAACUAACUAUAUUUAUCUAUAUUUAUACGUACGUAUUUCGCAUUGUCCACGAUAAAAGUAACGGUGCUUCGAACAGUGUCGAAAAAUCAUGAAAACGCAAAUGUUUGCUCGUUGAUCAACGAUCGGCGAAUCGUUCGAUCCUCCAUUUUUUUUCCCCUUACUUAUUUUAUUCCCGCAAUCGUCCGCGAAUACGGAUAAUUAUAUAAAGAGUCGUUUUCUCGUAUCGACGAACAAAGGAGAAUUAUGUUACGAGGCGGCGAACGGUGCGCCAUCGUCAGUGUCGAUUUUGACUAAAUCGCGGAAGCGGCUAAACGGAUUUAUCUUAUACAAAAAUA